ACCGGAACUUCCGGAUUUUGCUUUUUCAGGAAGUGAGUCCUAUGACAGCAGUCCUGUGACACCGCUGUGUUGGGGUUUGAGAAACGUAUUGCACUGAAAACCGCACAAAAUGGAUUGAUCGUAUGAUCAUAAGAAGAGCAUGGAGAAUGAUGAAUUUCCGCCAGCGGAUGGGAUGGAUAGGUGUCGGACUGUACUUGUUGGCUAGUGUUGCUGGGGUUUAUUAUGUAUUUGAGAUCAGCCAAACAUACAACCGGCUUGCACUGGCACAUGUAGAAAAGGCAGCUGGAGCACAGACAAAAUGGUCAGGAGAUGCUUCAUCCUCAUCCCCUUCUUCAGCCUCAUGGACACUGACUCUGAAAUCAAGACUUCUCCUCUUGCCCUUCUGGGUGUGGGCCACCAUUUUCCUCAUUCCCUACCUCCAAGUGUUUCUCUUUCUGUAUUCCUGCACAAGGGCAGACCCCAAGACUGUAGGAUACUGUAUUCUGCCCAUCUGCCUGGCUGUUCUCUGCAACCGUCACCAAACUUUUGCCAAGGCCUCCAAUCAGAUCAGCAGGCUACAGCUGAUUGACACCUAAAUCGUUUAAGAUGUGGGAUCGGAUCUUGGUACCAUACUCUUUGGUGUGUUAGGGGUUGGGGAAUAUAAAAGUGCAUUUGUAAACAAGAUUAUUGCAUUGCCUGUACUUGUUCACGACUUUACAUAAGAAUUUUGCUGCAGACAGAGUGUGUAUUUAGAGGGUUACGUUUUCUUUUCUUUUGAAAAUAAGAUGGUUAAAGCCAUGUGAAGUUCAACACCAGUUCUUUUUUUUUUAAAUUGCACUUUUGAGUGCAAAAUCAGUGUGCUUUUAAUUAAAGUAGAUUUAUAACAGGA